UUAGUUAAAAGCAAAAGCGUGGGGCAGAGAAGAGAGGACAACACACACACACACACACACACACACACAGAGUGACGAUUCGUUUGUUAGUGCUUCCUUCAGAUUCUUCUUUCCAACACCUACGUUAAUUGCUUCGUUCUUUUCUUGUCAUCAGAGCAAUUCCUCAGUCGAUAAAGCUUCGUCCUUGCCCCACCUCGCAAUCAAAGUAUCUCUUCAUUACCAAUACAAAAGCAUGUCCCUUCCACCUCCCUCACUCUUUGCAAUCCAUCCUCAGCUUCAAAUCCUGGGCAUUUCGCUGAAUUUUCGAAUAUUGUGGGUGGAUUUCAUCGAAACAUCCCUGAAUUGGUGGAGGAGGCGGCAGCGGCGGCGGCUGAGCCAUGGCCAGCACUAGUGGCACCAAGGUCCCGCGGCUUCCGUCCCGGCGAAUGACUCGGGCGCCGACGAGGAAUGUGGAGCUGCAGAAUGAGGAGGGUACCGUUGAUAGUGAGAUGGUGCCGUCCUCUUGCUGCCGUAGUCCCGAUUCUCCGAGCAGCCAUGAGAUUGAGCAGGAGAAUCCCAGGGUUGCAUAUCUUUGCCGCUUCCAUGCAUUUGAGAAGGCUCACACAAUGGAUCCAAAUUCAACUGGGCGUGGUGUUCGCCAGUUUAAGACCUAUCUUUUGCACAGACUUGAAAAGGAAGGGGAAUUAACUGAAAAGUGGACUUUAAGAAGUGAUACAAGGGAGCUGCUGUACUACUACCAAAAAUAUUAUGAGGAAAAUGUCAGAGAAGGCGAAUUUAUCAAGAGACCAGAAGAGAUGGCUAAAAUUAUUCAGAUUGCAACUGUAUUGUACGAUGUGGUGACUGCUAUGGUUCCUUCGUUAGAACUGGAUGUGAUGACGCUCUUUUAUCAACAGACAAAAAUGUAUGCAAUGGAUGUUGAGAAUAAAAGGGGACAAUACGAACAUAUAAACAUCCUUCCAUUGUAUGCUGUCGGUGUUAAACCAGCAAUCAUGGAACUUCCUGAGAUCAAAGCAGCACUUAAUGCUCUGCGUAAUGUGGAUCAUCUUCCAAUGCCCACAAUUCAUGCAAGAGUUGCUGUCCUCAAUGAGAGUUCUACUAUGCCUAUGGGGAGCGUUCUGAAAGUAAAUGACAUCCUUGAUUGGCUCUCCUCAAUUUUUGGAUUUCAGAAAGGAAAUGUGGCAAAUCAGAGGGAGCAUCUUAUCCUGUUACUUGCCAAUAUUGAUAUUAGAAAUAAGAAUGCUCAAUCUCUUGAGGAGCUCAAAGAAGGCACUUUAAAGCAGUUGUGGUUAAAAAUUUUCAAGAAUUAUUAUUCGUGGUGUAAUUAUGUGCGUUGCAAAUCCAAUCUCAUGUCAUGCCAACAACAGCUACAGCUGAUUUACAUAGCACUUUACCUUCUUAUAUGGGGUGAAGCUUCAAAUAUUCGCUUCAUGCCUGAAUGUAUUUGCUACAUUUUCCAUAAUAUGUGCAAUGAUGUCAACGGGAUUUUGUAUAGCAAUGUUCAUCCUGUGAGUGGGGACACAUACCAAAGAGCAGCACGUGAUGAAGAAUGCUUUCUGAGAGAAGUUAUCACUCCCAUUUAUGAAGUUUUACUCCAGGAAGCAAAGAGAAAUAACAGAGGGAAGGCAAGCCAUACCAUGUGGAGAAAUUAUGAUGAUCUGAAUGAAUACUUUUGGUCUAACAGAUGUUUUAGGCUCGGAUGGCCAAUGGACCUAACGGCAGAUUUUUUUAGGCAUUCAGAUCAGAAGUACCAAGCGAAUGAGGGUCCUAACCGAGCUGGCUCAGUAACAGGAAAGAAGAAGCCCAAGACAAACUUUGUGGAAAUCCGUACAUUUUUGCACCUGUAUAGAAGUUUUGAUCGAAUGUGGAUAUUCUUUAUAUUGGCCUUACAGGUGAUGAUAAUUGUUGCUUGGAAUCCUGCGGGACCUUUUGGUUUGAUUUUCGAUGAUGAUGUACAAAACAAUGCUAUGAGCAUUUUCAUAUCAUAUGCUUUUCUCAAUUUUAUUCAAGUCACUCUGGAUAUCAUUCUUACUUGGAAUGCCUGGAAGAGUAUGAAAUUUACCCAACUGCUACGGUAUUUUCUGAAAUUUGUGGUAGCAGCUGUUUGGGUUGUAGUCUUGCCAGUCAGUUACUCAAAUUCUCUUCAGAAUCCAUCAUGGCUCAUAAAAUUCUUCACCAGUUGGGCUGGGGAUUGGGGGAACCAGUCACUUUACUUUUAUCUCGUUGCAAUAUUUUUAUUGCCAAAUGUAGUGGCUGCAAUACUAUUUUUCCUUCCACCUUUGAGAAGAAAGCUGGAGCGCUCUAAUAUGCGAGUUAUCACUCUUUUCAUGUGGUGGGCUCAGCCCAAAUUGUAUAUUGGAAGGGGCAUGCAUGAGAACGUGUUAUCACUCCUGAAGUAAGUGUAUACGCUGUUUUGGAUCAUGCUGCUGAUUAGUAAGAUAGCAUUCAGCUACUAUGUGGAGGUGAUAGUCCUUCAGCUAACACUUUUUCUUCACUGUUAUGUGCUUGAUGUUAAAAUGCAGAGCUUCAAUAAGAAAGAAAAUAUAAAUGUUAGGAACAUAUUUUCCAUUGGUAAUGAACUGGUUUUGAUAUAUCCCCUUGUUGAGCCAAAAGUUAAUUAUGGAAUGCCUAUAUUUGGUGGGAUUAUCGGAAAUGCUUCAGCCAUUAUAAGAACGCUUGGGAUGCUGCGCUCCAGAUUUGAAGCUGUACCAUAUGCUUUUAGUCGUUGCUUUUUGCCUGGAAGAAAUGAAGACCUAGAAAAGAGGAUAUUGUACUACAUUUUACGUUUUACAUUUCAGAAGAAUAUUGCAUACUUCUCUCAGGUUUGGAAUGAGUUCAUUAAUACGAUGAGAGAGGAAGACCUCAUUAGCAAUAGAGAUAGAGAUCUUCUGCUUGUUCCCUACCGUUCAAGUGAUGUUUCUGUCAUUCAGUGGCCUCCGUUCUUGCUUGCUAGUAAGAUUCCUAUAGCGGUUGACAUGGCAAAAGACUUUAAGGGAAAGGAGGAUGCUGAUUUGUUUAAAAAAAUUAAGACUGAUGACUACAUGCAUUCAGCAGUUGUUGAAUGUUAUGAGACCCUCAGGGAAAUCAUACAGAACCUUCUGCUGGCUGAAGAAGACAAGAUGGUAAUCAAGCUCAUUUGCGAUGAAGUAGAAAUGAGCAUACAACAGGGCACAUUUGUUAAAAAUUUCAAGAUGAGUGGCUUGCCUUCACUUAGUGAGAAGUUGGAUAAAUUUUUAACUUUAUUAACAUCAGAAGAUGACAAAAUUGAGGGAUUGAAGCCACAGAUAGUCAAUGUCCUGCAGGAUAUAGUGGAAAUCAUCAUACAGGAUGUUAUGAUUGAUGGGCCUUGUAAAAUCCUGGAAGCACCUCUCCGGCAUAUGGUAGAGGAUGAAAAGAAAGGACAGAGGUUUGUUAACAUUGACACAUAUCUUACAAGGGACAAACCAUGGAAGGAGAAGGUUACUAGGCUGCAUUUGCUUUUGACAGUCAAGGAAUCUGCCAUAAAUAUACCACAAAAUAUAGAAGCUCGCCGACGCAUUACAUUCUUUGCGAACUCCUUAUUUAUGAAUAUGCCAAAGGCUCCCAUAGUACGGGACAUGUUAUCCUUCAGUGUCCUGACUCCAUAUUACAAAGAAGAUGUUCUUUAUUCUGAGGAGGAGCUACAUAAGGAAAAUGAAGAUGGGAUAUCAGUUUUGUUCUACCUAAAGAAGAUAUAUCCUGAUGAAUGGACCAAUUUCCGGGAACGCAUGAAAGAACUGACAAGUAAAUUUGAAGAUAUCGAUGAGAAGGAGUGUCUUCGUCAGUGGGCAUCAUACAGAGGACAGACUCUCUAUCGAACAGUGAGGGGAAUGUUGUACUACAGGAAAGCUCUGGACCUUCAGUGCUUCCUAGAACAUGCAGGAGACAAAGCUAUCUUUGAUGGCUACCAAACCUUGGAUUUCAGUGAAAAUGAUAAGAAGGUCCCUUUAGACCUUGCACAAGCCUUGGCUGAUUUAAAGUUCACCUAUGUUGUUUCUUGCCAAAUCUAUGGUUCUCAGAAAAAAUCCCAGAAUCCUCAAGAGAAAGGCCGCUAUGCUAAUAUUCUCAAUUUGAUGUUAACCAAUCCAGCUCUCCGUGUUGCUUACAUAGAUGAAAAAGAGGAAACUGUUGAGGGAAAAAGUCAGAAAUGUUAUUACUCUGUUCUUGUCAAGGGAGGUGACAAGUAUGACGAGGAAAUAUAUCGCAUCAAGCUUCCUGGUGCUCCAACAGAAAUUGGUGAAGGGAAGCCUGAAAACCAAAACCAUGCCAUUAUAUUUACGCGUGGUGAAGCUCUGCAGGCCAUAGACAUGAAUCAGGAUAAUUACUAUGAAGAAGCUUUCAAAAUGAGAAAUGUACUGGAGGAAUUCCAUAAAGAUCACAGUGGUCAACGAAAGCCCACCAUAUUGGGUCUGAGGGAGCAUAUUUUUACCGGAAGUGUUUCAUCACUUGCUUGGUUCAUGUCAAACCAGGAGACCAGUUUUGUGACCAUUGGACAACGAAUUUUAGCAAAUCCUCUGAGGGUGCGAUUCCACUACGGUCAUCCUGAUAUAUUUGACAGAUUAUUCCACAUAACAGGAGGUGGCAUAAGCAAAGCUUCAAGAGUAAUAAACCUGAGCGAGGACAUAUUUGCAGGAUACAAUUCAACUCUACGUAAUGGAUUUAUCACACACCAUGAGUACAUCCAAGUGGGUAAAGGGCGUGAUGUGGGCAUGAAUCAGAUCUCUCUAUUUGAAGCUAAGGUGGCCAAUGGGAAUGGAGAACAAACACUAAGCCGUGAUGUAUAUCGACUUGGAAGACGGUUUGAUUUCUUCAGGAUGUUGUCAUUCUACUUCACAACAGUUGGUUUCUAUUUCAGCAGCAUGAUCACUGUGUUGACUGUAUAUGUGUUCUUAUAUGGACGUUUAUAUAUGGUUUUGAGUGGGGUUGAGAGAGAAAUUCUUCAAAGUCCAAACAUAGAACAGAGUAAAGCCCUUGAAGAGGCCCUGGCAACACAGUCAUUAGUUCAGUUGGGCUUACUGUUGGUGCUGCCCAUGGUUAUGGAAAUUGGCUUGGAGAAGGGUUUUCACACUGCCUUAAGUGAUUUUGUCAUCAUGCAGCUGCAGCUGGCCUCUGUGUUCUUUACUUUCCAGCUUGGAACAAAAGCACAUUACUAUGGAAGAACACUCUUGCACGGAGGCUCAAAGUAUAGACCAACAGGUCGUGGUUUUGUUGUAUUUCAUGCAAAGUUUGCUGAUAACUACAGGAUGUACUCCCGAAGUCACUUUGUGAAGGGAUUGGAAAUUCUUAUUCUCUUGAUUGUCUAUGAAGUUUAUGGGGAGUCAUAUCGCAGUUCACAUCUUUAUUUGUUCAUUACGAUCUCAAUGUGGUUCUUGGCUGUUUCCUGGCUGUUUGCUCCCUCCUUGUUUAAUCCCUCUGGGUUUGAUUGGCAAAAAACAGUAGAUGAUUGGACAGAUUGGAAAAGGUGGAUGGGAAAUCGUGGUGGUAUUGGUAUCCCACCUGACAAAAGUUGGGAAUCUUGGUGGGAGGAAGAGAAUGAACACCUGAAAUAUUCAAAUUGGAGGGGAAAAGUACUGGAGAUAAUACUCGCAUUUCGCUUCUUUUUGUACCAGUAUGGAAUUGUCUAUCACUUGGAUAUAGCUCAUCACAGCAAGAGUUUGCUGGUGUUUGGACUUUCUUGGGCAGUUUUGGUAACUGUUCUUAUUGUGCUAAAGCUGGUAUCAAUGGGUAGACGAAGAUUCGGCACCGACUUUCAGCUUAUGUUUCGUAUUCUAAAGGCUCUCCUCUUCCUUGGCUUCUUGUCAGUCAUGACUGUGUUAUUUGUGGUAUGUGGGCUGACCAUAUCAGAUUUGUUUGCUGCCAUUCUCGCCUUCAUGCCCUCUGGAUGGGCCAUUAUUCUGAUUGCUCAAGCAUGCAAAGUUUUCUUGAAAGGAGCAAAACUGUGGUUUUCAGUGAAAGAGCUAUCCAGAGCAUAUGAAUAUGUGAUGGGAUUAUUAAUCUUCAUGCCAACAGCCAUUCUUUCAUGGUUCCCAUUUGUUUCAGAGUUCCAAACACGUUUACUCUUCAACCAGGCAUUCAGCAGAGGCCUGCAGAUUUCAAUGAUUCUUGCAGGGAAGAGAGAGACUGAUAAGUCAGAAUGACAUUGUUGACUUUUUGCUUGAUUAAUUAAUCAGUUUUGAUUAUUCAACAAUUUUAUUCAUUGAUGAUUUUUUUUUUUUUUGGUCAUUUAUACAAAUCAAUGUAUUUAAGGUUAAGGAACAUCUGAUGGAGAUUUUCUUUCUUAGAAGAAACAGCUCCCUAAAUCAGUGAAGUUUGAGUCUA